GGACUCGACGGGAGUAUGUUGCAAGCUGACUCGAGAUCAGACGCCGGGUACUAAUCAGGGUGGACUUCAGGUACAUUACUAAACAAUAGGAUUUAAAUAGUCGUGUCAUCGCGGCUUAGGGCUGUUCAUUUAAACACUGGAGUCUUUAGCACACGGACGUAUAUACUGGCCAUUAGUGUGCAGAUAACCUACCGCCGUGUCCGGACCCCAGACAGUGUACCCGCCCGACGGAGGAUAGAUAUAAUUGAUUAUGGAGUCCUUCCGGAGGGGAGGUCGGUACCGACAGUCGAAAGUAUUGUCCACCGAGGAAAAAUGGAAGAUCAUUUUCAAUCAGCAAAUGCGAACAUCUGUAUAUACUGCUCAGCAAUACUGCGAUCACCUCCAAAAGUACCUACAGAGCAUGUCUGGACAAAAUGGAAGGAAUUCUGGAAAUGAUAGACCGAUGUCGUAUUUACUGCGGAAACUUAAAGUCGACUUACAAAUGUCGUUUCCAAGUUUCGUACGAGAGUUUUUGCGAAAGCCACUAUCUGGGAUUAGUCUAUUGCUGUCUCUGCUCAAAGCUAUCCAAAAAUGUACGUCAGACCUCUCACAGGGCACAGCUAAAGCCAAAGCCAUCAACUCUAAAAGACUUUUGACUGAUGAACAUGACUGUUUGCUGUGCCUAAAAUUUACCUUACGUGAGCAGGAAGCCACAAGUUUACUCCUGGACGAAUCGUAUGGACUAGAAGGCGUGGCCUCGGCUCUAAUGAGUUCUUUCACCAAAUCCCGUCUGGUGGCGCUAGAGAUCAUGAGUCUCGUUUUAAGCGAUCCGAAAGGGUUGUCUCGAAACCUGGACUGUUUUACAUAUUUUCGGUUGAAGAAUUGCGAGCCUACCCGUUUCCGCUUCCUCAUCAGCAUGAUGAUGACAACUAGCUCACAGAAUGUUACUUUCCAGGUCUGUUGCAUGAAGUUUUUCAAUUCACUUCUUGCCGCCACCCCGAAUAUGAACGCCAGGGUGUACCUCCAAAACGAGCUAAUCACAGCGGGUCUGGACGUGGACGUCUUGAAGAAGAGUAUUGACACAAAGACAAGUCUCGAACAUGUGGAAUUGGACCGAGAGUUAACGGAGUUUCAGGAGACUUUUAUUGAUGUCGAUUCGCUAAUUGAGUACCGGUCAUCUCUUGAAACAACAAAUGAUGGCCUACAAAAACAGUUAUGCGUCCUCCAAGACGAAGUUCAGAGCAUAAAGAACUCAAGCGUCAUUGAUUCGGGGAACGCGUCCGUGAAGUCACUAACUGGUGAAGAAAGUACCCACCCAAACGUCCCAGAUCCACCGCCACUCCCACCAUGUUCCGGGUCCCAAAGAAAACCAAACACGGGGACUAACUUUCCGUUUCUCUAUUGGAAACCCCUUCACGAUGUGCAGGACACUAUUUUCCAGACCUUGAGCGGUGUAUGUGUUCUACGCGAUGAAGACAUAGACGCUUUUGAAGCAGCGUUUCGUCUUGAAGCGAUAAAACCACCUAUCACACAGAACAAGUUUCCAGAAUCGCGACGUCGACGCCGGGAAAACAAACGAACUUUUCUGGAAAGUUCUAGAGCACAUAAUUUGCUGCUAGCCCGGCGGAAGAUUGGGUUGACAGCGGAGGCCCUGAAAGCAGCACUGGACAAAUAUGACUUUGAGAGAGUGGAUGCGGACAGUGCCGAACUCCUGUCGCGGUUCAUUCCAACGGAGACCGAGCUGAGAGACGUGAUGUCACUAGCGUGUAACUAUAAUGACCUGGCAGAAACGGAACAACUCAUGGUUCAGCUAGUAUCCGUUUCGGAUCUGGAAGGAAAACUGAGUUGUAUGGCCUUCAUGAAUCAGUUCCAGAAGAGAGUUGACGCCCUCUCACCGGAGAUAAAUAGCAUUCACAAAUCCGCAUCUUCUUUGCUGAACUGUGACCGGAUCAGGAAAGUGUUCGAGAUCAUCCUGUAUCUCGGCAAUUACAUCAAUACCUUUAAAAGAGGUUCCAUUCGGGGCUUCAAACUAUCUUGUCUAUCAUCGCUGAAAGACAUGAAAUCAAGUGACAAGACGCAGACUCUCCUCGAUUUCAUCGUUACGAUGAUAAAUCGAAAACAUCCCGAUAUCCUUCACUGGUACCGAGACCUCGAAUUGUUACCUGUGGCCAAAGGUAGCUUCUCUCGCCUGACAUCUCUGGUCCAGGAACUAGACGAUGGAAUCCGGACAGUCGGCGACCACAUGAACCAGACGACGGGAGGUCAUACAGACCGCCUUAUUAACUUUUAUGAAGAAGGUGAAGAACAGAUUUGGAUGUUGAGGCGAUCGCAUCAGCGCACAUAUAACGUCUAUAAACGUGUUUGCUCCAUGUUUGGGGAGAACAUGGAAAACAUGGAGCCUUCAGAACUGUUUGGACAUUUUGCACAGUUUGUUCAAAAUUAUAAGGAAUCACUGACCAAACUGGUAUCAGAAACUCCACCAAAGGAAGUGAAUCGGGUAGAACAAACGGAAUACGCUCAACCAGUUGUUGAGACUUCACACGAUUCAUCAACCGAGUAUACGCCUUUACAGGGCGUUACAGAGUCACUUUAUAUUAACUACGUCAAUUCCGAUCAACAGGAAGUAUGCCCUGCCUACAUCAAGGACACGGAGAGUGAAAGGACAGAUGAUGUCUCAUACUACGAUUUAGAAGUAGCUGAGGCGCUCAGAAACCACUGUGAAUCGGAAACAGACGGACUUUUGUGUGAUUGCUGCUUCAAAGAAACGGGAGAAUGCGAUCUUGCCAACAAUCAAUACGGAUAUUAUCCAACAAAAACAAACAUUGCAGUGGAGAAUUGGAUUGUUCGUAAUAACGAAGUCCUCUUACAGUCGAACUAUAGGGCGGGUGACGAGGUUCCACCAGAUUACGACGAUAACAUAAACAACAAUACCAGGGAGGAACAACACAGAGUAGACAGUGAGAGCUAUGACAGUGCAUUCUUCGGGUCUGACGCAAAUGUCUUGAAAUCAUCUGGAAGGAGUUCUCAAGACAAUGUGCAAUCACCAAAGCCUAGUGCACCAAGAUCAAGUACGCCUUACACGUGCACACGCACGACAGAUCCACUUCCUGACUAUAGUCGCUGUCCCUCUCCUACAGCUAGUGUCACAAGCAAAGACACAUACGGCAGCGAAUUAUCCAAAAUCCUCACCGAAUUCGAAGGCAACCUAAAUCAGUUUGAAUCUGAAGUUUCUCCGAACUAUCGCCGUUUUUAUACCGUGAAGUCCAUUAUAUACUUGUAGUAUUAUUCGGGUGGAAUGCAAAUCAGAUUAAUGAUUUUCGAGUGUAUACAACCUUCAACCCUAAAUGAAUCGUCCUUUGUUGCUUUCCUUUCGAUAUCGAGAAAUGUUCGAGCUUAAUUGUUCAAUUACAUUUGAAAGCAGCAAGCAGGGGCAACAUCAUGUUAUACGACGAUUCCCUAUAGUUUACAUGCCGUUUAUCAUAAAUUGGCGUUUCUAUGACCUUCUUGACAACUAACUCAUUUCAAGCAACAACUGAGUAAAUCCCACCUGCUGCCCGAGUGUUAUUGAUAUCCGCUGAUGUCGGUCAUAAGAGAAUUAAUUAGCUUGUACAGUUAAGUGGUUCAGUUAGCCAAAUUGACCGCAAGUAGGCAAUCUUAUCAACUAUAUAUGUGUACGUACGUGUCGACCUGGCGAAAAACUAAAGUAAUGAUGUCUCCAUAUCGGCUCAGCAUGGAGGAAUUCUUUCAUAUAACAUACAGUAAAAAGAACUAAAGGAGAGUCUUAUAUCUUGUAUGUGAGGAACAAGCUCGGCACGAAGAAUUUCUCUCGUGAUGCAAAUGUUAACGAGACUUCCAUACUGAAAAUUGCUUAAAAUACACAUAUAUAGUGAUCGGUUAAAGUGCUUGAGCUUGAUACAGUGCAAUAUUUUCUUUUCAUUCUUCGAGCCUCAAUGUUUGAAUGUGCAAUAUACAUAGUUGUGUGCUUCCAUGUUUCCAGGCCUAAUAUGGCAAACGCUGAUAUAUUACACACUUCCUUACUGGAUAAAAUAGUACAACGUCUCGGUUAUCUCAAACUAUCUCUUAUUUGACCUUAUCAAAUGGCAAUAAUUAUAUAACCUCAGACACGAAUAGUUGGUUAGACGACCGUGUUUUGUGUGAUAAAGCAUAUUUUGACUGCUAUGGCAUUUUAAUUAAAAUGCCGAUUAGUACAAUUUGAAUAAAGAAUAAGAUAAUUGAAGGGUUUAUUCAAAUGGAUAUAAAUACCAAAUGUUAUAUGUUUCGAAAUGGCCAGGUAAAGAACAUAAGUGUAUUCUCAUAACAAUGAUAAACAUCGAGAAUAUAUCUAUAAAGUUAUUGAAGUGUAUACGUAGUGUAAUAACAAAAACAACUGUGCACAUGUACGCAUUGUUGAACUUAAUACCAGUAUUUUGAACAAUAUAUAUUUAUAGUGGUUACAAUUACUUGAUAUUACCAAUAUGAUACAUUGUAUAUACACAAAUACUAUGUGUUAAAUGCUUGAUACGUAUUGUUUAUAAAUAUGGAAGUAAAUAAUAAAUAAUGAGUUAUUAUGUGAUAACCAGAGAAAUAAAAUAAGUACCAUUGUCUCCCUUGUCAUGACGUCAGUGCUAGAAUUGUUUGGUGUCGACAGAAAAUGAUACAUCCAACUUUUCUGUAUCUGCAUAUAUUGAGAACUUCUUCAACGAUCAUAUUGCAACAUAAUGGUUUCACUAAAACUAUAAGUCUUUUUCAUACAUAGUAUCAUUAGUAUUAUCGGAAAAUUUAAUACAUGUCUAAUUGAAUAUAAUUUUCAUACAAAUGACAUCGAUUCUAUUUCAAAAGCACUUUUCUCUAACGAUAUUAUAGAAUCAAUGAUUUAUAUAUUAUAAAAAUCUACUUGAAUCCAUAAGUAAUAAGAAAUUAUCAACUGUCAGCUUAAGGGUAAAAUAAAUGUCUUUACAAAAUCUGAGAUUUAUGUAAUCUACUUCACUGUAAAGCACAUCAUAUCGUUGCAUAGUUUAUAUUGAUAAAACAUCAUAUUUAUACCGACACACAAGAUGUACUUAUAAAAUUCCAAGCAACUCACCUGUUUUCUCGCUUAACACAUGUGUUCGAAAAGUAGUGUACUUGGUUGUGAUAAGUCCUAUUAAUAUUACUGAACGAUGUUAUAUGUAGACUGAUUAACAAAUAAAUAAACUGUUAAACAGA